UCCGCCCGGCUGUUACCCAACGGGGCCAGUCCUCGCCCGCCCGCCCCGGCCCCGGCAGACGCUCCAGCGCAGCAGCUCAGGCUGAAGAGGCUCCGCCGCCCCCCCUCGUCUGUCCGAGCCCCCCCCCCCCGGGAGGAUGUAUUUGAUCCGCGACGGAGCCCCCACCCGCGGCUGCUCGAGAGGCUCGGGAGAGCAGCUGUCCCCGGCCCAGGCGUGCGUCGGCUAAGCGCGCCCGCAUUCCUCGCCUCGGCCGCCCCUGGUAUCGCUUGAGACUCGCUCUGCUCCGAUCCGACUGUCCUCCUGCAUCGCCGGCCGAAGAGAUCUCCUCUCGCCCGUUCUCCAUCCUCCUCGAACGCCUCCGUCGUGGAAGUCCCCACCUUUUUCGGCCCCCUCCCCCUGGUUCCCCAGGCAGGCGCCCAUGUCCCAGAACCGGUCAUGAGCGCCGGCUGCGAGCCCGCCCAGCGCCCCUAUGAAGGGACUGGCGGGGGCACCUCGGGAGCCCCCCGCAGGGCCAGAGCGCAGCACGGGGGAGACGCCCAGGGCCAAGCCAACGACGACAUGGACGCCAACAGCAACGGCUCCAGCGGCAACGAGUCGCACGGCGAUUCGCACAGCAGCUCCCGCAGCAACGGCAAGGAUUCGGCCCUGCUGGAAACCACGGAGAGCAACAAGAGCUCCAAUUCCCAAAGCCCGUCUCCUCCGAGCAGCUCCAUCGCCUAUAGCCUCCUCAGCGCAAGCUCGGAGCAGGACAACCCAUCGACCAGCGGCUGCAGUAGCGAACAGUCGGCACGAGUGAAGACUCAGAAAGAGCUCAUGAAGGCGCUGAAGGAGAUGAAGAUCCGGCUGCCCUCUGAGAAGCGCAGCAAGGGGAAGUCGGGGACCCUGGCCACCCUGCAGUACGCGCUGUCCUGCGUGAAGCAAGUCCAAGCCAGCCAAGAUUACUACCAGCAAUGGACCAUUGACGAUAGCCAGUCCUGCAACCUGGACAUGUCCACGUACAGCAUCGAGGAGCUGGAAAAUAUCACCUCCGAGUACACCUUGAAAAACCCCGACACCUUCUCGGUGGCCGUCUCCUUCAUCACGGGGAAGAUCGCCUACAUCUCAGACCAGGCUGCCUUCAUCCUGCGCUGCAAGAGGGACGUCUUCAAGGGGGCCAAGUUCGCCGAGUUCCUGGCGCCCCAGGACGUCAGCAUCUUCUAUGGGUCCACCGCACCGUAUCACCUGCCCUCCUGGAGCAUCUGCACCUCUGCCGCUGGUGCUGCCGCCAUGGAUUACACCCAAGAGAAAUCCGUCUUCUGCCGGAUCAGGCGUUUGUUUCUCAGCGGAGGCCACGAGAGCGGGCGGGAGCUGCGCUACUACCCUUUCCGACUCACGCCGUACCUGACCAAAGUGCGCGACUCGGACAGCGCCGAAGGACAGCCCUGCUGCCUGCUGAUCGCCGAACGCAUCCACUCCGGCUACGAAGCACCCAGAAUCCCUCCAGAUAAGAGAAUCUUCACCACCAGACAUACUCCCAGCUGCCUGUUCCAGGACGUGGAUGAGCGGGCCGCCCCCCUACUCGGCUACCUUCCCCAGGACCUGAUCGGAACCCCCGUCCUCUUCUACCUGCACCCGGAGGACCGGCCUCUCAUGCUGGCCAUACACAAAAAAAUUCUGCAGUACGCCGGGCAGCCCUUCGACCACUCCCCGCUCCGCUUCUGCGCCCGCAACGGCGAAUACGUCACCAUCGACACCAGCUGGUCCAGCUUUGUCAAUCCUUGGAGCCGCAAGGUCUCCUUCAUCAUGGGGAGGCACAAAGUCCGGACGGGUCCCCUCAACGAGGACGUCUUCACGGCCCCCAAGGCUCAGAAGGUGAAGCCGCUGGAGCAGGACAUCCAAGAGCUGUCUGAGCAGAUCCACCGGCUCCUGCUGCAGCCGGUGCACAACAGUGGGACCAUGGGGCUGUGCAGCAUCGGCAGCAACGCCUCCCACGAGCAGUUCCUGAGCAUCGCCUCCUCCAGCGACAGCAACGGCAUCCCCAACGAGGAGGCGCAGGCCGUGCGGCCGAUGACCUUUCAGGAGAUCUGCAAAGACGUGCACAUGGUGAAGAACCAAGGCCAGAAGGUCUUCAUCGAGUCCCGAGUCAGGCCGCCGGCCGCCAGGCAAGCCCGAGCAGCUCUUGAAGCGCCAGCCGGUCGCAGUGUGCAGCCAGUGAAGACCCUGAGGGUGCUUGACAGACCUGGGAACGUGGCCACUUCCGAGGAAUCCGUCAGGAAGGAACCCUCCAAUUACUCCUACCAGCAGAUCAACUGCCUGGACGGAAUAAUCAGGUACCUCGAGAGCUGCAACAUCCCGAGCCGGGUGAAGCGCAAGUGCGGCUCCUCCUCCUACACAACGUCCUCCAAUUCGGACGACGACAAGCAGAAGGCGGCGGGCGAGGAAAGGACCGGCCUCAGCAAAGAUGUGCCGGAGGAAAUGCUGCAGACCUUGGAGAGCCAGCCCGAGAGGGAAGAGCCUGGGACGGCAGCAGCUGCCGUGGUCGGAGGCCCGCUCACGCCGUUGGCCUUGCCUAGCAAAGCCGAGAGCGUGGUCUCUGUGACCAGUCAGUGUAGCUUCAGCAGUACCAUUGUCCACGUCGGAGACAAGAAGCCCCCUGAGUCGGACAUCGUGAUGAUGGAAGAGGCCGCCCCCAGCGCCACCCCUCCGGCCCCGGCCCCCAGCGUCACCCCAGACCGGGAGCAGCAGUACCGCAGAGUGGGGCUGACCAAGGAAGUGCUCUCCGUCCACACCCAGGAGGAAGAGCAGGCCUUCCUCACCCGCUUCAAGGACCUCAGCCAGCUGCACGUCUUCAACUCCCCCUCGGGGAUCAGCUGGCAGGAGCUGCGCCAGGCGGGACCCCGUGCCGAGCAAGGGCACAAAGGUCCACGCCAAGGGGCCCGUGGUCCCGGCUGCCGCGGCCGGAGCCGGAAGUCGAAAGCCAAGCGUAUCAAGCAGAACAAGUCGUCCGACAGCACCAGCUCCCCACAGAACUCAACCGCCCCGCGGCAGACUCCGGGAGCCCACCCCACCCCCUCCUGGCACCCCUCGGCCAACUCCCAGGCCAGCCUGCCCACUAUGCCAUACCCAGCCGUCAUGCCCACCUAUCCCAUCCCCGUCUUCCCCCCUCGCCCUGCCCCCCCCUCCGGCACUGAGCCUUCCCCGAAUGCGCUCCCGGCUGCCCAGUUCCCCGCACCUCUGGUCACCCCCAUGGUCGCCCUCGUCCUCCCGAACUACAUGUUCCCCCAGAUGAACUGCCCGAUGCCCCAGUCUUACUUUCCCGGCGGACCCGUCUUCCCCUUCGGCCCCCAGCUGGGCAGCAUGCCCGUGCCCACGCCCGAAGCGGGCGCCCAGGCGCCGUCGCGCUCCUCCACCCCGCAUUCCAUGAGCCAGCCCGAGCGGGCCAAGUCGCCCCUCUUCGAGUCGCGCUGCAGCUCCCCCCUGCAGCUCAACUUGCUGCAGAUGGAAGAGAUGCCCAAGGCCUGCGACCGGCCGGAAGCCGCCAGCGCCAGCCAAGCGGCGCCCGCCAGGACCGCCAGCGACUGGACCGGCAUCGCCAACGGGCCGGGCCUGGCGAGCGAACUGGGCGCUCAGAAAGAAACGUGCAUGGUAGAAGCGCACGACUCCUCCAACAACGACGCCCUGUCCAGCUCCAGUGACCUCCUGGACCUGCUGCUGCAGGAGGACUCGCGCUCCGGCACUGGCUCGGCGGCCUCCGGCAGCGGCUCAGCAGCCUCGGGCUCCAUGGGCUCCGGAUCCAACGGGGGCAGCACGUUAGCCAGCGGCACGACCAGCAGCAAGAGCAGCAACACCAGCAAGUACUUUGGCAGCGUCGACUCCUCGGAGAACGACCUGCGGGGCAAGAAGCGGGCUGAGGCGGAGGACAACGAGCACUUCAUGAAGUACGUCCUGCAGGACCCCAUCUGGCUGUUGAUGGCCAACACCGACGACAAGGUCAUGAUGACCUACCAGCUGCCUUCCAGAGACCUGGAGACGGUGCUGCAGGAGGACCGGGAGAAGCUGAAGCAGAUGCAGAAACGGCAGCCCCGGUUCACGGAGGAGCAGAAGAAGGAGCUGGCCGAGGUGCACUCGUGGGUGCAGAAGGGGGUCCUGCCCAAAGCCAUCAACAUCACGGCCUGCGUGGAGUGCGGCAGCAGCGCCGUCUCCAAAGUCGCUCCGCCCUACGACGUCGAAAUCCACGACAUGGACCUGAACAGCCUGCUGGAGCCGGUGCCCAUGGAGGAGGGCAACAGUGGGCACAGCUGCCUUCCCUCUUUGUCCCAGGAAACGGCCAUGGAGGAAGAGGAAGCCGGGCGAGAGGCGCCGGCAGAGAACUCGGGCUAAGCACCAAGGUGCCAAACCACAAACUUCUCCCUGCAAGCCGGCAGCCACGUCUGCUUGCUCUGGACUGAGGACGCUGCCACGCGGUGGGCAAGGCCUGGAGGCUGGGCCUCACACAGCUGUUGCCUGGCCGGAAAGAAGUGGCCGGCGGGCUUGCAGACAUGCGGCCGGCUGCGUGGUAUGCAGGAGAGACCACGGACGGCCAGUUGGGACGUUGCACUCGGGCCUGGCCUGGGACGGCCGCGGCUCCUGGGCUGUGGACAGGCCCUUCUGCCCUUUGCCGUUGGACCAGCCGCCCUAUCCUUAUGCUGCCUUACUGAGGAUUUCUUCACAGACCUCCUGUAAAGCCGGGUGGGAAGGAGGGAGGGGAGGGGACCGACUGUAAUUUAUUUUUUUUGCAGAAUUGUCUGUCUGUUGUGUAUUUUUUUGUUUUUGUUAAAGAGACUUUCUCUUUUUUUUUUACUGAUCUGUGAGCGAGCUCUUGACGGGCUUGUUUGUGGCACUUAUAAUAAAAAAAUGAAAGAAAACAAAACAAAA